GCUCUCCCCCUCCUGUCUCGUACUUACAACCAGCCGGCAGCCUCAAAAUAAAAGCAGAAAGCUGAAAAAGUUACUCAGAGGCUCUUCAAAUCUAACGAAGCCAGAGAAACACAGGAAGUGGGAGGGUAUACUCUGUGUCAUUUUCACAGGACAGAAGAGUAAUACGCGCCUGUACUCCUGUUAUCUCACAGUCAGCCUGCUCCCACAACAGCAGCCUCCAUCACCACAGUGAGGGACUUGUAGCAGUGAUCCAGUCUCCGAGCAAGUCCUUAUUUCCUGUAAAAGGCAAAACAAUCUGCACCGAAAAUGGGAUGUUUUGGAUUCCUCAAGGUCAUGAUGUUUGUCUUCAAUGGCAUCAUCUUUUUGGCGGGUGCUGCCAUACUUGGUGUCGGGAUCUGGGUUAAGGUGGACAGCGGCUCCAUCCUCGGCUUUCUUGGGAAAAUCGAAAAUGCACCAGCACAGCUCAGUCAGGUGCUCAACGUGGGCUACCUACUGAUCGCGAUAGGAGCGCUCCUGCUCGUCAUCGGAUUUCUGGGCUGCUGUGGAGCCAUCAGAGAAAGCAGGUGCAUGCUGCUGCUGUUUUUUAUCAUAGUCCUGCUGGUCUUCAUAGCCGAGGUUGCAGGAGCAGUAGUGAUCUUGGUAUUCAGACCUUUGGCUGACCAGUUGUUUAACCAGUUUGGCACAGCAGCAGUUCAGAACAUAAAGAAGGACUACGGAGCAAAUGCUGACGUCACAGGACUGUGGAAUACUACAAUGAGCACAUUGAAAUGUUGUGGGUUCUACAACGCCUCAGACUUCGUGGGCUCUCCAUAUUAUGUGGCGAACAAUCAACGAUACCCACCGCAGUGCUGUGGAGACACUGACAACCCAUGUAAUCAAACAUUGGCUGAUGCGAUGGCAGCAACUGGCUGCUUCCCAAAGAUCAAGCAGCUGAUUGAUGACAACACAGUGGUUAUUGUAGGAGUGGCCCUGGGAAUUGCGGUUCUGGAGAUAUGUGCCAUGGCUGUCUCCAUGAUCCUUUUCUGCAAAAUAAAAUCCCGGAGUGCCUAACUGCAAAUGGCGAAGGCUUUAGACAGAACAGUUUUUAGUCCCUAUUAUGGCCUGUAGAGGAGUGAAGGGCUACAUCUUUAUCCUACAGAAAUGCCUCAUCGUCUUGAUUUAUUCUUUUCAGAUUUUGUGCAAUCAGAAUUACUGAAAGAUAUAACGAAUCUAUUUUUAAUACAUUUAAGUCUAUCUAACAGAUCCCAUACAUGAAUGUACAUGAUCUAUUUCUAUACUUCUGUACUACACUUGCUACACACCAUCUACUUCACCAGAGAUUAUUGCAAAGGUCAAGCAGGGCUACUACCUGUAACAAACGGUUAGUUCAUGAGGAAUUACAUGAAGACUUCUCUCAUUGUGAUAGUGAAACAAAGGUAGGUAUGUUGGACACGGGAACCACUAUUGUGAAUGUCACUGAUAUGAUAUAGCUUGUGAAACAGUGACAGAAAUGAUCUGUUAUGUGUAUGUACAUGUUGUAAGGUGAUCAAUUUUGAAAUAAAGUGCAAAGUAUUUGUAA